UCCCACUCUCUCACUUCUCUCUCUCCUCUCUCUCUCUCUCUCUAUCUUCGAGUUCUCCUUUCUCUCUCUUCGUUCCCAUUUCCCAUUCAUGAUGCUCUCAUUAUAACAGCAUCAAUGGCGGUUCCGCUCCAUCUAUAACCUUUUUUUCUGUAAUUCCAUUUGUUGAGGUUUUUUCUUGCGUUUGUUACGUUCCGUUAUUCUAGCCAUGGAGUUUGAGCACCCUACCGCAACGCCUCUCAACUCCGCCAUGACAUUCGAUGAAGUCUCCAUGGAGCGCAGCAAGAGCUUCGUCAAUGCCUUGCAGGAACUUAAGAACCUGAGGCCUCAACUUUAUUCUGCUGCAGAAUACUGUGAAAAAUCUUAUCUCCAUAGUGAACAGAAACAAAUGGUUCUUGACAACCUGAAAGAUUAUGCUGUAAGAGCCCUUGUGAACGCUGUUGAUCAUCUAGGAACUGUCGCAUACAAGUUAACUGACCUUCUUGAGCAGCAAACAUUGGAUGUCUCAACUAUGGAUUUGAAGAUCUCUACCCUAAAUCAGAAACUUCUUACAUGUCAAGUUUACACUGAUAAAGAAGGUCUACGGCAGCAGCAAUUGUUGGCUUUCAUUCCCAGACAUCACAAGCACUACAUUUUGCCAAAUUCUGUCAAUAAAAAGGUACAUUUCAGUCCACACAUACAGGUUGAUGCAAGACAGAAUCCAUUUCAGACCAGAACCCGUUUUCAAUCUUCAGGUACCCCUGCAGCAAAAACUCUUUCAUGGCAUUUAGCAUCAGAGACUAAGUCUACCUUAAAAGGGUCUUCACAUGCUUCACCAAACAUUGAGAAUCCAAAGUUUUCUACCAAGGCCUCUGGAGUUUUCCAUCUUUUAGAUAAUGAAGAGAGCACCUGGAUGAAAUCAUCACCAGCACAAAUUCACUUACAAAAUGGAGUUCCUACUUCUAGUAUACCCAUGCAUACUUUGGGCGGCACACGCAAGGAUGCAUUGGAGGGUUCCAAACCAUUGACUGCAUUCAGGUCAUUUGACAACCCAAAUCGGCGUGAGACUGUCCAUGUCCCCACUCGAAGCAAAAGCGUGCUAUCAGCUUUCUUUGUCAAGCAGAGAACACCAAAGUUGAAGGCCGGUUCUUUUUCAUGAAUACCUUCCAAGGCAACCCCCACCCCGUCCCUUCCUUAAUUAGUUUUUGAUUCAAGCCUUUGAAUAAUGAUCCUGUAAGUACUCGGUUCCCCAGCAAUGAUAAUGGUAGGGAUCUUGGUCUUCUACUCGCUAGCUAUUUGUUACUCUUGUGAUCUAUAGUGUUCAGGCACCUGUAAAAUGUAUAUUUGUCGUAUGCUAUGCAUAAAAGGUUUAAUUAUUUUUAUUGUCCUAGGAGUUUCGAUGUAUCAUCAAAAUUUCCAAGAAGGCUCUCGUUCUAAUGUCUAACUUUUUUAGAAACAAGCUAGCACUG